UAUGGCGAAUUACUAAAACACAUUUCAGAGUAUCAGAGUAGUUGUUGUCGCAUGCUUUCAUUAUUAAAUUUUGUGUAAUUAAUAUUUAAUAUAAUUUAUUCUCCCAAUUAAAAUGGACCAAGAAGAUUGUCCGCGAUUAGCCUUUGUUCACAACAGUAUUAAAAGUGCACCACCCACAACAGGAAAAGGAAAAGUAGUAUUGAAUGUUGUCAGGAAAAUUACCCAGCCAAAUGCCACUAGUGCACUUAUUCAACCCAAGAAAACUACCAUUACUAAUAAGAGGAACCGUGACGAAGAUUCAACUGCUGCCCAAAAGAAGUGGCCUCCUGAACACAUCCUAGAACUAAUAAUCGCCUACAAAGGGCACCCAUGUCUGUAUGACCUGAAGCACCCUCAAUACAGUAACAAUGGCAAGCGUAUGAUGACCCUAGCCGAAAUAAGGCAACUUAUGGAUAUUUUCCGCCCCGGCAUGACAGAAGAGGAUAUACUAAGACAAUUGAAUAGUGUGAGAACACAGUUUUGAACUGAAUACGGAAA